AUGAAAUUUACAGCUUUUCUCAAUGGCGAGCUCAAUAAUGCUGCCAAAUAUUUGUCAAGUUUUGCCAAUGUUUGCCAUGCUGAUUGCACUGUGUUAGAUGGGAAAUUUGGUACAUCCCCAGACUGCACAUGGAAACCCUGGGUGUAUGAGGACAGGGUUGCUGUUGCUAAACAAGUUACUAAGUUCAAGUCUAAGUUGCCUAAUGUAACAAAGCAGAGCCAGAGGAGUAAAAUCACACAGUUCAUAGCAGGGAAACAUUCAAGGCAGGAAUUUCUUCCUAUUAUUGGAAAACUGUGUGAUAAAACUUAUCUUGAACCUCUGCAUUUGAAGAAUAAUGCAGUUAAGCAUUUACAUGCUUUGUUUUUAAGGUUAGCUAUUUCUAUCAGUAACCUUCCUGCCAAACUUAACAAUGUCUCGGAAUUUCCUGAAAAUUGUGCUAUGUCAAGAUAUAUGAAAGCAAUGCACGGUCAGGUAAAUGCUACACAGCUGAAUAAGCGGCUGGAAAGAUGGUUACUUGACGGCCGUGCAAGAGACAAAGAUUUCUCUUACUGCUUGACAGGAAAAGAUUCGAAAUUGGUCUUACACGGGUUCAUGUUCUUGAUAAGUGCCAUUAAGGGUGAUUCAGAAGACCUGCGUUUACUGUGUAAGCUUAUGUUUCUAGCUUUUCUUGCAACUAAGCUUAGAGACUGUGUUGCAUACUUCUCUAUGUAUCAUUUAACUGAGGAAAACCUUCUAAAGCUACCUUCUUUAGCUAAGGAUUACUUUACUGCUGUUGCACUGUUCAGUGGCCAUACAGGUGUAUCACCAACUGUGUGGAGUAUUGGGUAUCUAGUUCCUGUUCACACUAAGUGGUUAUUUGACAAAUUUGGCACAGGGUUAGGCAUAAAUGCUAUGCAAGGCCGAGAGGCUAAACAUGUUCAAAUUGCUAGUUAUACCAAAAAUAGUCUUUUUAAACAGUGUUGGUAUCAGGUAUUUAGGCAUGAUUACAUAAGUAAAGUAUGGUUACUGCUUCGCCAGCCUUCCCUGCUAGCAUAUCAUCAAGCACGAGGUACCCUCAUACCUCCCCGUGUACUUCGUGACCCUGAGCAUUAUUGUUAUUGUGGUUUUACCAAGGAUGCAGGUAAGGAUGCCUGUUUUUACUGUGACCAUAGCUUAAUGACUGAAAUUAGGUCUGUCGCUCAACAAAAACCCACUAAAGUAUGCUUAAAGUAUAUGUCUUAA